GCGGGAUACCGCUGACCGUGACGCACAUCUCUGCAAGCGGCCAAGGGAUCCGGCUCCGUUCUGCCUUGGAGCGCAAGUGGCGGCAGGCGCGCAGCAAGGGUUCGCGGGAAAAAGAGGAAGGAUCCGGGGCGCGUCUGCCUACUGGGAACCUGCCUCCCGAGGAGGAGCAGCAGCAGCAGCAGCGUCCGCCUCUUCCUCCGACCAGCAGUGCGAGGAGCCGGCGAUCGCGGGCGCAAGGUGCGCGCCUAGCCUGCUGCUGCUGCUGCCGCCUCCUCCCCCUGUUUUGCGCUCCGGGCGCAAGAAGCGCGCGAUGGUCGCCGCGGAGGCGCUGGCGGGACUGGCGCUGGCGAUGGGCCUCUACGCCUUGCUCUAUUACAACUUCAUCAAAGGGGCCUCGUGCAAGAACGAGACCAGCCUGCGGGGCAAGACGGUGCUGAUCACAGGUGCAAACACUGGGAUCGGGAAGACAACGGCCCUGGAUCUGGCCCGGAGGGGAGCCCGCGUCAUCCUGGCUUGCCGCGACAGAGGACGAGGAGAAUCCGCCGCCUAUGACAUCAGGAGGGAAAGUGGGAACAAUGAAGUUCUCUUCAUGAGCCUGGACUUGGCCAGCUUCAAGUCAGUGAGGGCUUUUGCAACGGCUUUCUUGAGAUCUGAGCCCCGCCUUGACAUUCUCAUCAACAAUGCAGGUGUCGGGUUUGGAAGCCGAAGUGAGGAUGGCUUCAAUUUGGCGUUCCAGGUGAAUCACUUGAGUCAUUUCCUUCUGACCCACCUCCUCCUGGAGCGGAUGAAGCAGUGUGCGCCCAGCCGUGUGGUGGUGGUGGCUUCCAGUGGACAUGAAAGGGGGAAGAUUGACUUCCAGAACAUCCACAAGCCAGUGGAUGGGCAGAUGGCAGGGUUACAUUCGUACUGCAACAGCAAACUGGCCAAUAUGCUGUACACCCGGGAGCUCGCCAAUCGACUGGAAGGGACGAACAUUACCUGCUACGCGGUCCAUCCAGGGCUAGUUAAAUCAGAUAUUUUCCGUCACAUUCCAGUUUGGCUGAAGCCUCUUUUCCUCCCCAUCUUGUGGCUCUUCUCCCGAGACACGAUCAAUGGAGCUCAGACGUCCAUCUACUGUGCCACUCAGGAAGGCAUCGAGAAGUACAGCGGGCGCUAUUUUGCCAAUUGCAGCCUGCAGGACCCCAAGCCACAUGCCCAGGAUGAUGCCGUGGCCAAGAAACUUUGGGAGGUCAGCGAGAGGAUGGUGGGGCUGGCGAACUAGGCGGCAGUGUUUUUCAAAAAGGGCUCGUCACCAUGGAAAGGAUCUUAGGGUGAAAGGCAGGCAUUAAUAACAAAAGAGUGGCAAAAACCCAGAUAAUGAAAUCAGAUAACUUGCUGGACAGGAGGUAAACAAGGCACUCAGAUUUCUGUUGUGUUGUAGAUUGCCUCUUCUGUGAUGUAUGUGUGAUGUUU